GUAUAUGCCUGGCGUUCUCCAUGGCGUAUGAAAUGUAUUUUGGCUAUUUGUGGAACAUUUCAAGUGCGUAAUUGUCCAACAAGGAAUGCCAUGCUCGGCUGUCUUUCAAACCCUGCUUUUUAGCCGAUCGAAUGUUUACACACCUUUAUGAGGGUGAAAAUGACUUUUUGGACUGGGCUGUUUGUCUCUGUAAAGACGCAGAAUAAUUGUGGGCAUGGGGAUGUGUGACUACAGUGAGGGAAAAUGAGCCCGGAAAAUGAACACAAAAAAGUGGGUGUGUUAUACCGUCUCCGUAAUAGGGGAAGAUCUACACUCAGUUCACACUGCAUUCAACAUCUCUUCACUUCUUUACUCUAGCCCUCCUGCAACAUCCAGCCAAUUACAGCACACCAUUUCCUAGGAUACAUUUCCCCAAAACUUCAGUCUGAGGAACUGCAUGUUUACGGUUUGUGGAUUUCUACCAUAAUGUUGGGAACAGUGAAAAUGGAAGGUCACGAAACGCCAGAUUGGAGCAGCUAUUACAAUGACGCACAAGAGGUAUAUUCACCCAUGGCAAACAGCGGCAUGAAUGCAGGACUGAGUUCCAUGAACAGUAUGAACAGUUACAUGAGUAUGUCUACCAGUGGAAAUAUGACCUCCGGUUCUUUCAACAUGUCCUACGCGAACCCCGGCCUGGGAGCCGGAAUAAGCCCCGGGACAAUGGCAGGGAUGCCUCCGAGCACGUCCAUGAAUGGAAUGUGCGGCGGGGUGUCGUCAAUGGGCACUGCCCUUAGCCCCUCGAACAUGGGCGCAAUGUCGGCUCAGCAGGCUUCCAUGAACGCUCUGAAUCCAUACGCCAGCAUGAGCCCUACAAUGAGCCAAAUGUCCUAUAAUCAGCCCAACCUGAACCGAGCAAGGGACAACAAGUCGUUCAGGAGAAGCUACCCGCACGCAAAGCCUCCGUAUUCAUACAUAUCCCUGAUAACCAUGGCCAUUCAGCAAGCACCAAGCAAGAUGCUCACGCUUAGCGAAAUCUACCAAUGGAUAAUGGACCUAUUUCCAUACUACAGACAGAACCAACAGAGGUGGCAGAACUCUAUUCGCCAUUCCUUGUCUUUUAAUGAUUGCUUCAUCAAAGUGUCUAGGUCACCGGAUAAGCCAGGCAAAGGCUCAUACUGGGCCCUGCACCCAGAUUCUGGAAAUAUGUUCGAGAACGGUUGUUAUCUCCGCAGACAAAAGCGCUUUAAAUGCGAAAAUAGAAAGCUAUCUUCAAGUAAGGGAGACGGAAGGAAAGACCAGUCUGGUUCUGGGUCACCUUCGAGCGACAACACCAACAGCAAGACUGGACAUGUGGAUCCCAACACCCUGUCCACCUGCAACCAGUCCUCCAGCCCUCAAAUCAUGGACCACAGGAGCAGUAGCAGCGCCUCUGAACUAAAGAGCAGCGGGCCACCUCUCCACCCCGUGGCCAGCCCCGUCACAUCCCUGUCCUCUCUCCCUUUACCUCCGCACUCGAUGGCGCACGAGUCCCAGCUGCACCUAAAAGGGGAUCCCCAUUACUCAUUCAACCACCCCUUUUCAAUAAAUAAUUUAAUGUCAUCCUCAGAGCAACAGCACAAACUGGACUUGAAAGCCUACGAGCAAGCUUUGCAAUACUCUUCCUACGGCUCAAGUAUGUCCUCCAGUCUACCCCUCGGCAGCGCGUCCAUGGUAGGGAGAGCCAUGGACCCAUCCGCAAUAGAGGCGUCAUACUAUCAAGGUGUGUAUUCCAGACCAGUCCUCAACACUUCUUAGUAUCUUCUCAUUUUUAUAGUGCUCGACAAAAGGACAACAGAAAACAUUUAUCUUAUUUUUGCAUGCACCUGGUGCAUAAGGACUGUUACUUCAAUGUAUAAGAAUAUGUAUGAGUAAAAUACAAUAGUCCUGUAAAGUGUUUCCAAUUAAAUGAUUGUAUAUCCAGCUGUAAAUCAUUGCUAGUGUAUUUAAAACAAUUUCGAGCUUGUAAAAUAAUGUUGUAUUCCCCAAACUUGUAGUCCACACGAUUAAUAUGUCCAUGUGUUACAAUUUGCGUGAAUGAAGGUCAGUCAAUAAGGUCUCGUGGAACGCGUGACGCAGGUGAAGCGCCAAACACCUGUCUGUUACAGAUACGGCCUACUUUUUGAAAGGAUGUUGUCAUUUUACGCAUUGCUUUGGUUUCAUUUGCUAAAUAUCUGACAAACAUAUUUUCUACGCAAUCUUGUAAUACAAUCUUAAAUUCCAAGUGGAAAUGAAUUAUAAAUAAAAUGUUAUUCUUUAUAGGCUACUGCAAAAUUCCAGUCUUUUGUGGUAUUUUUCAAACCAGAAAAUGGGUGAUUAUGUGCAGCUUAAUGUCAGCGUUUUGUCUUUCUCUGUUUUUUUGAUGUCUCUGCAUGUGCUUAACUUAUUUCUUGUUAAUUUCCAAAUAAAACAAAUACGAUUUA